AUGAAAACAAGCGCUGAGGAUUCGCAAUCAUCUCCUCGUGGUUCACGAACGUUGUCAGUAAUACGACAUGAUUCCACCAAUGGAUCACUCGCCAACUCGACCAACGCGGAUAAUCGACAGAAUCUAACCAUUGAUAAUACACAGGAAUGGUCAGCUUUCAAUCCAAAACGUCAAUUUUACGUUCUAAAGGCAGUUUUUAUCAUGCUUUGCUUUGUCGACAUCAUGCACUGGGCAUAUCUCCUGAGGUAAAU